CUUCGGAGGCUAUGGAUUCAUCAUUCUCUCAUUCGGAAACUUUCUUCUGCUUUGCCCAUAUAUCUCUCAGGGAUUAAACCCUAGCUGUGGUGUUUCAUUUUACAGUGAUUAUAUAAGAGUUUUUCUUUAUUGGAUGAGUAGGUUUGUUUGUGGAAUUCAAAAUGGCUCAGGUAGCUGUGGAGGUUCCUCCUAAGGGUGGAUUCAGUUUCGAUUUGUGUAGACGCAAUGAAAUGCUUUCUAACAAAGGUGUACCACCUCCUUCUUUUCGAAAAACUGGGACAACUAUUGUUGGGUUAAUAUUUCAGCAUGGUGUUAUUCUAGGGGCAGACACAAGAGCCACCGAAGGACCUAUAGUUUGUGACAAAAAUUGUGAGAAAAUUCAUUAUAUGGCACCCAAUAUUUAUUGCUGUGGAGCAGGAACUGCUGCUGAUACAGAGGCUGUAACAGACAUGGUCAGUUCGCAACUGCAGCUGCAUCGAUAUCACACUGGUCGAGAAUCAAGGGUUGUCACUGCUCUUACUCUUUUGAAAUCUCACCUUUUCAACUACCAAGGUUACGUUCAAGCUGCUUUGGUGCUUGGUGGAGUUGAUGCUAAUGGUCCGCAUUUGCACACUAUCUACCCCCAUGGAUCCACAGACACUUUGCCAUUUGCUACAAUGGGUUCUGGUUCCCUUGCUGCGAUGGCUGUUUUCGAGUCAAAGUAUCAUGAAGGCUUGACAAAGGAUGAAGGAAUAAAUUUGGUGUGUGAGGCUAUUUGCUCUGGCAUUUUCAAUGACUUAGGAAGUGGAAGCAAUGUGGAUGUUUGCGUAAUAACUAAGGGUCACAAAGAGUACCUGAGAAACCACCAGUUGCCAAAUCCUCGCACAUAUGUCAGUUCCAAAGGAUUUUCGUUUCCCAAGAAGACUGUGGAGCUGCGUUAUGCAAGGACCAUAAUUACCCCCUGUAUUUUGCAUGCAAAUUUAUGCAUAUGUUGGGCUAUUGAUGCUCCAGUACCAUCGGUUUUUCAUUGUAGCAGAAGUUCUAUUGACAAGGGUUACGCCAUUGCAAGAAAAGGUGGAAGUGAUUGAACGAGGAGAUGCAAUGGAAGAAUGAGAUCUGUGGUUGAACUCCAUGUUGCAACUUGAAUGAAUUUCUUUUCCACUUCAAUUGCUUCUAUAUCACUUCAUGUAGUUACGAAUCUGGGUUUAUAGUUAAUUUCAAACUCUUUUUCUAUUUUUUUUUGCUAAUUUAUUAAGCUGGACAUCAGUUGACCUUUGGGUCCUAAUUUUCAGGACAUGCCUUAAAAUUAUUAAAAAUUAUAUCUUAGCUUGUAAAGCAUGAUUAUUUGGAGAAUUGUUUUCUUGUUUCUCA